AUGUAUAUUGGUUCUGUAGAUAAUGUGAUGACACAAUCUAUCCAACGUAGGGAAGCUAUGAAACGAAUGUAUGAUGAUUUUAUGAAAAAAUCCGUCUGUAGACCAAGUACUUCGUCUAUUCAAAUGAUAGUUUCAACAUCUGGUAGUUCUUCAACUGAUAUACCAGAUGAGGAUGAGAUUCGCGUCAUAGAAACGCCACUUCGAUCUGGCAAAGAAACUCAAAAAAGGAGAGGUCAGUUGCAAAAUUUAGCUUCCGUAUGUGAUAGAACUGGAAUUUCUGAUCGAUCUGCGGUAUUUAUUGUUAACGCUGCCUUGCUUGAUUUGAAUGUUAUUAAUACAGACGAUUCAUCAAAAGUAAUAGACAGAAGCAAAAUACGUCGAGAGCGAAAAAAAGUAAGCAAACAUUUGCAAUAUGCUGACAGCAAUAAAAUUAUUACAGUUAUUUAUUUCGACGGUCGUAAAGACAAUACUUUUGUCAUGACUACUACUAACAAUACAGCACAUCGGAAAACUAUUACUGAGGAGCAUAUUUCUCUCUUAUCAGAGCCAGAUUCUGAAUACAUCGGUCAUUUCUCUAUUGAUUCUGUAAAAUCAAAUACGAUUGAAAAAAGCACUGUUGAUGUUCUUGAAAUGAAAUUUGAAUUUUGUUCUUCCUUGGUGGCAAUGGGAUGCGAUGGCACAGCGGUAAACACGGGACCCAAAAAUGGAGUCAUUGAUUUACUACAAAAACACCUGAAACGACCUUUGCAAUGGUUUGUGUGCCUGUUACACGCAAAUGAAUUACCGUUUCGCCAUUUGUUUUCCAGUCUCGAGGGUACUACAACAGGCUCUAAUAGCUUUUCUGGCAGCAUAGGAAAAAGGCUCGACAACUGUCUCGACUUCAAAGUGGAAGCAUUUGAACCAUUCCCAACAGAAUUGCUAGGCCUGAAUACUGAUUUGCUAAGCAGCGAUCAAAAAUAUAUGUAUCAGAUGUGCUCCGCAAUUUCUCCUGGUACGGUAUCACCAAACUUAGCUAUUAAAGAUCCAGGAAAACUGACACAUCCUCGAUGGCUGACUUGCGCAAACAGGAUUCUUCGGUUAUAUAUUGGAACAGCAAUGGAAAACUUUAAAGAUUUAGCCAAUUUCAUCAUAAAAGUUUACGCACCAACCUGGUUUGAUAUCAAGACAAAAUCAUCUUGUAAAUAUGGUCCAAUUAAUGUGUUCAACAUGGUUAAAAGGUGUUUAUAUUUGCGUGAUGACCUAAAAAACAUUGUCUUUAAAACCGUUCAAAAAAUGCUUUUUUCGCUCAUCCAGAAAAUAUGUUGCUAG